UUCUGAGCUCAGAUUCUGUACCGACAUGUUACAUUUACAUUUUUAACAAGCCGAGGACGACGGGGAGGAUCGCGGCGUAUCGAUAAUGUUGUUAAAAGCGCCGUUUUUCGGUACAUUUUAACGGCUUUACGGUAACGGCGGGUCGUCGGUGACGCUGGUUGCAGGCAGAUCCGAAUCCGAUGUGGGUGUUUGUUGGCUGAGCUGCCAGUCAACUUCUUCUGAGGACGUUAAACGCGACAUUUCGGCACCGAAAGACGGUGGGAAUGCAAGGACGACAUUUUAUAAAGACUUUCCAGUCAGAAUGAGAGGCGGGCGGGGAGUCGGUUUGCGAUACAUUACCGAUAAUAUCGACGGUAUCGGAGGUGUGACAGGACGCGGGUGGCGGUUGGUGGAGCUCGAGCCGAUUUGCGCCGCUGCAGUCUGACGGAUUAGCAGCAGUGCUAACGUUUAGCAGCUUAACCAGCUCGCACAGCCUCUCGAAACUACUCGUUUUCUCCCGACUUGUGUAAUAAUUGUGUAAUAACGGCGUCGUCCGCGUCGACUUUUCACGUUAUUUCGCGUUAAAGCCGCAACUUUUCCACGCUGACUCGCACUACGUGCCGCAGAGCCUAAUGGGACCCAAGUUUUUCUGAGCCGCGUCACAUUUGACUUCAGAUUAAAAUCAGCCACAUUGUGGACAAAACAAUCCAGAUCAUUCCUCUGAGUCUGAACAAACUCGGACUUUGAACAUGUCGGAAAACGCACCCACACGGAGUCUGGAUGAUAUUGACCUGGCAGCUCUCAGGGAUCCAGCUGGAAUCUUCGAGCUGGUGGAGGUCGUGGGCAACGGUACCUACGGGCAAGUGUACAAGGGGCGCCAUGUGAAGACGGGCCAGCUGGCCGCCAUAAAGGUGAUGGACGUCACCGAGGAGGAGGAGGAGGAGAUCAAGGCCGAGAUCAACAUGCUGAAGAAGUACAGCCACCACCGCAACAUCGCCACGUACUACGGAGCCUUCGUCAAGAAGAGUCCACCCGGCCACGACGACCAGCUCUGGCUGGUGAUGGAGUUUUGCGGCGCUGGCUCAGUUACAGAUCUGGUAAAGAACACAAAAGGAAACUCGCUGAAGGAGGACUGGAUCGCUUAUGUCUGCAGAGAGAUUCUGAGAGGCUUGUCACAUCUCCACACUCAUAAGGUCAUCCACAGAGACAUCAAAGGCCAGAAUGUUCUUCUGACUGAGAACGCAGAGGUCAAGCUCGUGGACUUCGGAGUGAGCGCCCAGUUGGACCGGACCGUGGGCAGGAGGAACACCUUUAUCGGAACACCCUACUGGAUGGCGCCGGAGGUCAUCGCCUGUGACGAGAACCCAGACUCUACCUAUGACUACAGGAGCGACAUUUGGUCUCUGGGGAUCACGGCUAUAGAGAUGGCAGAGGGAGCGCCGCCUCUGUGUGACAUGCACCCCAUGAGAGCGCUCUUCCUCAUCCCACGGAAUCCGCCUCCCAAACUGAAAUCCAAGAAAUGGUCUAAAAAGUUUAUAGACUUCAUCGAGGGCUGCCUGGUGAAGACGUAUCCGAAUCGUCCGUCCACCGAGCAGCUGCUAAAGCACUCGUUCAUCCGAGACCAACCGACCGAGCGCCAGGUCCGCAUCCAGCUCAAGGACCACAUCGACCGGACGCGCAAGAAACGUGGAGAAAAGGAGGAGACGGAGUACGAGUACAGCGGCAGUGACGAGGAAGACGAGAACCGAGGCGAUGAGAGAGAGUCCAGCUCCAUCCUGAACGUGCCGGGCGAGUCGACCCUGAGGCGCGACUUCCUGCGGCUGCAGCAGGAGAACAAGGAGCGCUCGGAGGCUCUGAAGAGGCAGCAGGCCCAGCUGGCGGCACAGCGCCGCGACCCCGAGGAGCACAAACGGCAGCUACUGCACGACCGACAGAAACGCAUCGAGGAGCAGAAGGAGCAGAGGCGCAGGCUCGAGGAGCAACAGAGGAAGGAGCGCGAGAUGGUGAGGCAGCAGGAGAAAGCUCCCCAUCGGAGGCUCGACGACAUGAGGCGGGACGAGGACCGCAGGAUGGCUGAGAGAGAGCAGGAAUUUAUAAGGCAUAAGUUGGAGGAGGAGCAGAGACAGUUAGAAAUCCUCCAGCAGCAGCUUCUCCAGGAGCAGGCCUUGCUCAUGGAAUAUAAGAGGAAGCAGCUGGAGGAGCAGAGGCAGUCGGAGAGGUUGCAGAGGCAGCUUCAGCAGGAGCAUGCUUACCUCGUCUCACUGCAACAACAGCAGCAGCAGCAACAGCAGCAGCAACAGCAGGAGAAGAAACCGCUCUACCACUACAGCAAGAACCUGGAUAACAACAAGCCGGCCUGGGCCCGAGAGGUGGAGGAGAGGAGUAAACUGAACAGGCAGGGUUCUCCCAAAAUCUGCACCACCGUCUCGGACACCAACAUCCAGUCGCGCUCCGACUCCAUCAGCCAAUCGGGAGGCGGGCAGGCCGCGCAGACUCCGCCCAUGCAGAGGCCCGUCGAACCCCAAGGUGGCCAGGGCAAGUUUCAGAUGGCGCACCUGGUGCCGCUGAAGCCGUACGCCGCGCCCGUGCCGCGCUCCCAGUCGCUGUGCGAUCAGCCCACUAAGACCAUGUCCGCCUUCCCCACCCAGGACCCCUCUCCCACCCCCACACCCCGUCCGAUGCACUCUCGAGAGCUGGUCCGUCAGAACUCGGACCCUACCUCGGAGAGCCCCGCCCCUCAGCAGCGCCCGGCGAGGGACGAACACGGGCCCUGGAUACGCCUCCCGGAGAUCGAGCAGCCUCCGAAAAUUCCUCAGCGGACGGCCUCCAUAGCCACCGCUCUUAACACGAACCUGUCCUCCGGCAUCCGACACCCAGUACGAGCCAGUAAUCCAGAUCUGAGCCGUAACGAUCGCUGGGAAAGAGGAGACACCGUGAGCCUCAUGUCCAACCUUCCUCAGACCGGCUCCCUGGAGAGACACCACAUCCUUGGUUCAUCGAAAAUGGAUUCGUCUCCCAUCCUGUCUCACGAGGGGCGUCACAAGCCCGGAGAAUCCCGCACCUCGUCCAGACCCAGCAGGCCAGCGAGCUAUAAGAGAGCAAUAGGAGAGGAUCACGGUCUGUACUCGAAGGAGCGCGCGGAGGAGCAGCCUCGUCCUCCGGUGAAGGCCAACGACUACUCCUCGUCCUCCGAGAGCAGCGAGAGCAGCGAGGAGAGCGAGAGCGGCGAAGGACGCGAGGAGGAGAGCCCCACUGACCGUCCUCGGGAUGCCGACUCCGACUCCGUGAACACCAUGGUGGUGCACGAGGAGGAAGAGGGCGAGGUUGGCGAGGAAGAGCGCGCUGGAGGUUACGGUGACCAGACCAUGCUCGUCCAGAGGACUCCUGAGAAGCGCAGCCAUAACGGCUACACCAACCUACCUGACGUGGUUCAGCCGUCUCACUCCCCCACUGACUCCGCCUCCCACUCCUCACCUGGGAAGGACUCCACCUAUGAUUAUCCGUCCAGAGGAUUGGUCAAGGCUUCCGGGAAAUCCUCCUUCACCACCUUCGUGGACCUUGGAAUGUACCAACCAUCCGGGGGCACCGGAGAGCCCGUCUCAGUAGGAGGUCUGAAUUCUCGCUUCGACCAGCUGAAGUUAGAGGUGCGCAAGGGUUCCAUGGUCAACGUGAACCCCACCAACACUCGCCCCGUGAGCGACACCCCGGAGAUCCGCAAAUACAAGAAGAGGUUCAACUCUGAGAUCCUGUGUGCUGCACUCUGGGGUGUGAACUUGCUGGUUGGAACCGAGAACGGGCUGAAGCUGUUGGACCGCAGCGGGCAGGGCAAAGUCUAUCCGCUCAUCAACUCGCGCAGGUUCCAGCAGAUGGACGUACUCGAAGGACUGAACCUGCUCAUCACCAUAUCAGGAAAGAAGAAUAAAGUGCGUGUGUAUUAUCUGGCCUGGCUGAGGAAUAAGAUCCUCCAUAAUGACCCAGAGGUGGAGAAGAAGCAGGGCUGGACCACGGUGGGAGAGAUGGAGGGCUGUGUGCACUACAAAGUGGUAAAGUACGAGAGGAUUAAAUUCCUGGUGAUUGCUAUGAAGAAUGCGGUGGAGGUGUACGCCUGGGCCCCCAAACCCUACCACAAAUUCAUGGCCUUCAAAUCCUUCACAGAUCUGCCUCACAGGCCCCAGCUGGUCGACCUGACGGUAGAGGAGGGGCAGAGGUUGAAGGUUAUCUACGGCUCGUGCGCCGGAUUCCACGCCAUCGACGUCGACUCCGGGAACAACUACGACAUCUACAUUCCUGUCCAUAUCCAGUCUCAGGUGAUGCCGCAUGCGAUCGUCUUCCUGCCCAGCUCUGAUGGAAUGGAGAUGCUGCUGUGUUACGAGGACGAGGGCGUUUAUGUCAACACAUACGGACGCAUUAUUAAGGACGUAGUGCUGCAGUGGGGGGAGAUGCCCACCUCCGUCGCUCAUAUCUGUUCUAAUCAGAUCAUGGGCUGGGGUGAGAAGGCCAUAGAGAUUCGCUCGGUGGAGACGGGUCACCUGGACGGCGUGUUCAUGCACAAAAGAGCUCAGAGACUCAAGUUCCUGUGCGAGAGGAACGACAAGGUGUUCUUCGCGUCGGUGAGGUCUGGAGGAAGCAGUCAGGUUUACUUCAUGACCCUGAACAGAAACUGCAUCAUGAACUGGUGAUGGAGCGUGACGGUCACGUGAUCGGCACUCGCUCUGCUCGUCUCUCCUCUCGCACACGAACACGCGCUGUAAAUAAAUCCGCUUCGCUCGCACACUGCACUCGCUCACAGAUGCACAACUCCCUAAAUGUCCUCACACACACACACACACACACACACAACAUAGUUGUACUAACUAUACGAGCCCGUUGUACAAAGAUUUGCUUCACGUCGUUUCUUUUUAGCACCAGAACAAAUUCUCAUUAUCGCUUCAGUUCGGUUGUUAGAUGAUCAGCGUGCUUUUCGCUCGGGCCUUAUUUUGACAUUCCAACAUUAACACGGAAAGAAACUCCAGCCAGGAAAGAGCGGGCGGAGUGAUCGGUGUCGUUCUGCCGCACUUAGCCGGUACUGCAUCUGUAAUUUUCCAUCCUCACACGUACUGUAUACUUUAGUAGCCUAGUCGGUUCGGUUGCGUUUAAAAAUAUUCAGAAAAUCUGAUUUUACUCUUUAUGUUUGAUGAAGCAGAUUUAGAGGAAGGAUUACGGAGCUCGGACAGCUCGAGCUCGUCGUGAAGUUUUUCUUUCCUCGGCCGUGUAGACCCGACCCGAGAUCGGACCGGUCGCUCUGGAGAAUGCUUUUACUUUUCUCUCUGUGUCCAGUAUAUCUCGGGCUGUUUGAUAUUCUCUGUAUGUAUAGGUAUUUGGUAUUAUUCCUACUUUCAUAAGCUCUUGCUGUUCUAUUGCAAUACGUGCUGUAUUUGUGCUGUUCUCCUUCAACCGAGGUCGGUCGGACGAGCUGAUUUAGCUGUUUAUUUUCGCUUUCGAGUGUUUUUUGGCAGCAGGAAUGCGUGAACACCGAGGCCUGUUCACUCGGAAGAUGAUUCAAUCUAACGUAAGAGAGUUUCAAUAGAACGCCAGUGAUCAGUCCUGAGCAGCGGUCAGUACACCUACGAGAAGUAUUUAAGUCGGAAUUAGAUAUAGUGUCAAUCUGAGGUGGCGUGUGUACGAAAAUGUAAAUAAUGCACCGAGUUAUUAACGCUUUUGGGGCUCUCGGGUGUCUUAAGGGUAAAGUACGCAACCUUCUGUGUGCUAUGGGCCUGUCGGGUGUCUACACGGACAUGAUUAGCCGAAGCAGCCCAGCCACUGGUAGGUGCACUUGUCGGUGCGCUCUAAGUGCCGGUCCCAAGCAAACCCAGAUAAAAAUAUGAGGGUUGCGCCAGGAGGAUGUAUAAAAUGUGCCAAGACUGAUAUGCAGACCAGGUUUGCUGUGGCAAAGCCUAAUAUAUACAGGAACAGCCAGUAGAAUAGUUGGGAAAGUGUACACCUCCGAGGUUACCAGGUUUCCCCUGAGUAGAGUGUCUGUGUGAAUUAGUUUUCCUUUUUCCUGAAAAAAAUGAGCCAUUAAAAGCUAUCUUUAAACGAUUGGAAUGGAAUAUCUGCCCCUUCUGUCCCUAAUAAGGCGAUUUCUAACAAAGCAAAAUAAAAACAUGUGGAGAGGUUACAGUAUUUCUGCCAGUAUUUUUAAUACAAACAAGAUAUUUUAAAUUUGUAAUUAAAAACCAUUACAGUCUGAUUCCUUGUUUACGUUUGUACGAUCCUCUGUGAGUGGCUGAAUGUGUAAAAGAUCAAAUCGAGGACCGACACUGAUGUGCACCAUGCUGAGAAUGAAGAAUCUGUGUGUUCAGGUCGGACUCGUCCUGCUAAACCUCUGCGUUUCGUUCAGGCUCCGGCUGGGAUCUGACAUUAAAUCUUUUUAUAAAUUGUAUUGCAUCCUGUUCGGUGUGAGCAGGCCAUAAUUCCGCUUAUUCGUUAUAUCUUUUUUUACACACAUUUUCCUUACAUGCAUUCAUGCUGCCAAAUUGCUAUUUGAUGUGACAAACAGCCUCAUGGGAAAUUUAGUUUUUACU